AUGUCGAACCUCGCCCACUACUUGUGCCUCCUCGUGCUCCUACUGAGCCCCCCCGUUCGAAGCCGUGGAUACGUGUGCGACUUCUCCUCGUCCAAGUACAACCUGGACUUCGACGACUACUACGCAGAUGUCACGUGCUACCACGAAAUUGGCCAGGGAGACACCAUAGGAUAUAUAGGAGAUAUAUACAAACAUGUAUUUCCAAUCAUUAACGAAGAAGAGGUAGUGUACGACUGUCCCAUGUAUUAUGAUGAGAAGGAAAAAAAAAUCUCCGUAGGAAAUUUGAUUGUCACCUUUGAAGCUAAGCCUCCAAGUAUAAAAUCCAUCAGUAAGGACAUUUUAAAAAAGCAUAUAAAAGAAGACAUUGAAAAAAAGCUGCAUGCCAUUUUAAACGGCACAGAUUACACCAUGGGUAAUAUGGACAGUGUAGAUGACGACCAACAUCAUCGAUACAUGGAACAGAGCAUAGAAAUAAACGAGACGCAAACAUCCAACCUUCAAUCCGUUAACAUAGACAAAGAACACUGUAAUAAUGAUGAAUGUGUAGACUUGUUUGAAAACUCAAGUUGCUCAUCCCUUUGUGGAGGUGGAUACAGACUCCGCGAUGGCUAUGAUGUACGCUACGACGUCCAAUCGGUCAUUCCCUGUAACCAUGGGGAUUGUACUCAUGAAGAUUCGAUUGAGCCCCUUGUCAUCUUCGCUUGGACCUCCAUUGUUUUCUUCUGCAUCAUGAUUACCCUUUUGAUCAUCACCAUUUACUCCCUGCUGCACAUCAGUAAGCAGAAGGUGGCCGACCCCUUCUACAACUACGACUCGAACAUCAGGUCCUCGGACGUGUUGUGA